AGGUGGAAGCCGUGUACUUUCACUCCGAUAAUGGCGAGUGGAUAUAAUCGGCGCACCUUCGGAGAUAGUGCUUCACAUCAACCACGUGGCCAUGCAAGAGGCGGAAGAGGUCGCAGAAGAGGAAGACAAAAAACAGGUGGUAGCGUCAAUUUUGGUUUCAAGUCAUUGGAAAAGCUGAGAAAAGCAGAACCCGAUGAUAUUGUUCUGGAUUUAGCUUCUCAACGAUGUCUUCCUGCAUUUCGAACAUUGUUAGCGAAGACGGACAUGUCGGAUGAAAUGAUUGAGCUUGUUGUGGAUGUGCUGGCUAGAGCAUGCGAUAGUAAUAGUCCUGAGUAUUUCAACAAACUUCUUAUCGAACUGCCGAAAUCAUUCUUUGUUAUUCUUAGUUUAAAAGGCUAUCUUGCACGAAUGUGUGUGCGAAGAAACUCUAACCAUCAGUUGUUCAUUGAGCGUACUGUUAAAUUAUUCACAGAAAUUCUCAAAAAAAUACCAAGUGCAUUUGAUUCUCUUCCUUUGGGAGACUUAGAACAAUCCGUUGAUGUCUUGGCUGGGAAUGACCAAAUUAGCCCUGAUGUUGUUCAAAAUGUAGAACAACUUAAAGUCAUAAAGAAGGAAUCGCUGGAAAAAGAAAUGCACAAGAGGGAGUUUGAAAAUCAACGACGAACACGGAGUCGUAAUCCAGGUUUGAGACCAUGUAGUUCUUUAUAACCUUGUUGGCAAAGUUGAAAACAGCCCUUCGAUGUCCUACCUUGCCCGGGAGCCUCAUUGUCAUCGAUCGAGAGCUAAUAGCCUUUCGCCUUAAUUCAUUAGAGCGAGGUUCCCAGGCCAAGUUAGUAAUCAUGACAUAAUUAUCGAAUGUAACUAUGUAUUUAUGAAUGGUUCGCUGUUUAUUUGAUUAAUGCCACUGUUUAGUCUGUUUUAUUCAUGGCAUAAUAAUUCACUAUGGCGAAUAUGUAGAUGUUAAGGUUUAAGAAAUUUCAGCGGUAAAUGGUUGCAAAUCGCCAAAAUGAUGCACAAAACUGUAUAUUCAAAGUUUGUUCGUUCACUGCAACCAGGUAUGUUAAUCAUGUUUC